AUGACGUCCAAAGAGUUCAAGGUGGUCCUCGCCGGCCCCUUUGGCGUCGGCAAGACGGCCUUUGCCACCCGCCUCCGCUCCGCAAAGUCGGGCGCUAAGCAGGUCAAGGCGCUCAAGACGACCCAGUACCCCGUAAAGCUCCACACCUCGGCCGGCCAGGUCACCCUCACCCUCUACGACACCAACCUCCACGCAAAGGGCGGCAUCCCCGACGACGGCUUCUUCCGCAUCGCAGACGCCGGCGUCGUCUUCUUCGACCUCACAAACGAGGAGAGCUACAAGGCCAUGGAGGAGUGGUACGACGCCCUCCAAAAGGCAAACGGCCGAAAGGGCAGCGAGCCCCUCCCCAUCAUCGUCGUCGGCACAAAGGCCGACGACAUCAAGGGCCGAGAGCUCAAGCCCGACCAGAUCGAGUUCCCCCGCAAAAAGGAGCACCCGUACCGCGAAAUCUCCGCCAAGGCCAACUACGGCAUCAAGGACCUCUACCUCGAGAUCUGCAAGGGUCUCCUCGGCGACGGCGUCCAGCUCACCGACGUCGUUGAGCUCGAGAAGCCCGAGAUCGACAACAUCGACGAGGAUGCGCUCGCCAAGCUCUACGAGGAGUACGAGAAGGCGGCCUAG